UGCUGCGCAAGAGGACUGGCGAGUACGCAGCCCAGGUACUGCCCCUUCCCGGUGACGUCUCUGCAGCGGGUUAUAAAAGCCUCGUGCGCAUCCUGCAGAGAUUGUGCUAACUCUCGAGCCGAGCAGGACCCAAGCCAAGAGGCGCCUGCGAGGCUGCAGCCGGCGCGGUGGCAAGGGCUUCUGCGAAAGCGAAGGAAAAAAUCUCCAGCCCCAGAUCCCGGCCAACGAAUCAGAACUUUCAAAGGUAGCGCUGUGACGGGCUCUCCUUGCCCGCCUAAGUCCUCAUGCAGCACAGGACUUUGCCUUUCCCGCCGCAAGAAGGAGAUCUAGCGGUUGUAAACAGAAGCAGGUACAGAAAGGCGGGUUCUCUUGCUUUCUAGAAGAGGGGGCCGGUGGAACUACUUUCCACCUUUCAGUUUAACGCAGAGGACACGCAGUCUCCAGAUUCUGAACUCAAAUACUUUCUGAAACUGAAAAGUGGAGGAAUUCAGAGCCACGAAGGUCGGGCAGACAGAGCAUCUAGAAGUAUUUAUCCUCUGAGCGCCAAGUCAGCUUGCAAGGAGAGUUCUACCCAGAAAGAAACUUCUUCCUUCCUGUCUGGCUUAAGCAGGAUCCUAAGCCUCAGGUGCCUGCCACAAGAGGCUGCAAAGCAGGUGGUGGGUGCAGAAAGGAGAGCUUUGCCACAAACCUGCGAAAUGGAUAACGUCCUCCCUGUGGACUCAGACCUCUUCCCAAACAUCUCCACCAACACCUCAGAACCCAACCAGUUCGUGCAGCCAGCCUGGCAAAUUGUCCUUUGGGCAGCUGCCUAUACGAUCAUUGUGGUGACCUCUGUGGUGGGAAACGUGGUGGUGAUGUGGAUCAUCUUGGCUCACAAGAGAAUGAGGACAGUGACCAACUAUUUUCUGGUGAACCUGGCCUUCGCGGAGGCCUCCAUGGCUGCAUUCAAUACAGUGGUGAACUUCACCUAUGCUGUCCACAACGAGUGGUACUACGGCCUGUUCUACUGCAAGUUCCACAACUUCUUCCCCAUUGCAGCGGUCUUUGCCAGUAUCUACUCCAUGACAGCAGUGGCCUUUGAUAGGUACAUGGCCAUCAUCCACCCCCUGCAGCCCCGGCUAUCGGCCACGGCCACCAAAGUGGUCAUCUGUGUUAUCUGGGUCCUGGCCCUUCUGCUGGCCUUCCCCCAGGGCUACUACUCAACCACAGAGACCAUGCCUGGCAGAGUCGUGUGCAUGAUCGAGUGGCCCGAGCAUCCUGACAAAAUUUAUGAGAAAGUGUACCACAUCUGUGUGACUGUGCUGAUCUACUUCCUCCCCCUGCUGGUGAUCGGCUACGCCUACACAGUCGUGGGGAUCACACUGUGGGCCAGUGAGAUCCCCGGGGACUCCUCUGACCGGUACCAUGAGCAAGUGUCUGCCAAGCGCAAGGUGGUCAAGAUGAUGAUUGUGGUGGUGUGCACCUUCGCCAUCUGCUGGCUGCCCUUCCACAUCUUUUUCCUCCUGCCCUACAUCAACCCGGAUCUCUACCUGAAGAAGUUUAUCCAACAGGUCUACCUGGCCAUCAUGUGGCUGGCCAUGAGCUCCACUAUGUACAAUCCCAUCAUCUACUGCUGCCUCAAUGACAGGUUCCGCUUGGGCUUCAAGCAUGCCUUCCGGUGCUGCCCCUUUAUCAGCGCUGGUGACUAUGAAGGCCUUGAAAUGAAGUCCACUCGGUAUCUCCAGACCCAGGGUAGUGUCUACAAAGUCAGCCGCCUGGAGACCACCAUCUCCACAGUGGUGGGGGCCCACGAGGAGGAUCCCGAGGAAGGUCCCAAGGCCACACCUUCAUCCCUGGACCUGACCUCCAAUGGCUCCUCACGUAGCAACUCCAAGACCAUGGCAGAGAGCUCCAGCUUCUACUCUAACAUGCUAUCCUAGGCAAUGGGCCACCAGCAGGUGCAGCCUUGGUCACCUCCGUCCUACUUCAUUCAUGCAUGGAUACUUCUUUGAUUUGGAAAAUGUCAGAAACACCCUAAAACUGGAGCCUUUGAAAGGGUCAGGAUGGUUUAGAAAAAAACAUUUCAUCCUGAAAUCAAUCCGGAUUUGUCCGUGGCAUUGUCAUCCCCGUACUGUGUAACCUAAGACAAAUAAUUGAACGUCUCUGUUUGUAAAAUAAGGAGGUUGAACUAGAUUUUUCUCUAUGAUUCAGUCCAUGAUUCUAAAAGUGACUUGGACAGCAUGUGUGUGCUUAUUUCAGGGUGAAUUCUGCAGCACAAUAGCAGACCCAAGAGUUCUGUUUGCCUGGAGCCUUUGUCUUACUCAGUAAAGUCAUUCUGAGCCAUCCUCAGAUUAGCUUCCUUCAGCUGGUAGUUCACAUCACUCCAGCCUUCACUUGACAGGGUGAACAAAAGAAUGUGCCGCAUAUAUUCUGCAUGAAAGAUCUAACUUCAUCUUUUAAGCAUCUGCGAAAAAAAAAUAUGUCUGCCCCUAUUUAAUAUCUCAAUAUUUCAUUCAGUUCAUUUAAACAUGAUGGAAUUGAGAGCCUCAGGCUCUUCUGCAUUAUGUCCCCAGAGGCCACCCUGAACGAUCAGGGCCAGCAGAAUGUAUCUACUGAUGCCAGCUAAUGUCUUUUCUGACCAAGAAUCAGGAGGCACUUGACAGGCUUAAUCUAUCUGAGCUUCGGUCCUUGUGUAUGAAAACAGUGGGGCUGAACUAAAUCAUCUAAGUGUCCCCUAGAAUCUGAAUGUUCUAUAGUUCAAUAAUCCUAUACAUUUUUGUUUCUUUGUUUGUUUCACCAAAACAUGGUAGCCAUAAAGUACAAGCAGUGACACCCAUUUCCUGGAGAGACAGCAACUGAUAAAACAUGUAAAUAUCCAUCUCAGACAUUCUCCCCUUUACCCUAAAACCCUGAGUACAUUCCUCCUGCCAAAAGAGCUUGGCCUUGGGUAGAGCAGAGGGCUUCAUAACAAAGCCUGCACCUCUCCAGCAAGCUUGUACAGGUGAACAGCUUGAGAACACCACUGAGGAAGACCAGCAUUCAGACUUCCUGCCCUGGCUUCUCAGUAUCUUAGGGCAAAGGCACUAACCCAGAUUCUUAUCUUUGUGCUAGCAUAAGCCAUGGGCUCAGAAACCUGUAGAGUGAGACUGCUACACCCUGCAACUGCACUUUUGGGAAGAGGCACCAUGCAUCUUCCCUCAGUCUCUGAGUGGCUUCUUCCUGUCCCAUAACUCUGCUGGUCUCCCUAAAGGGUAGUCAAUCUGCCAAGAACAUGAGCUAAAAAGGCUUCCUGUCCCAAUAUAGCCUUGGGGUCUCCAGCAGGUGAACAUGCAGUUUCUUCCUGUCUCCCAGAUCUGUGUCUUGUCCAGAUGUGGCCAGAAGCAAAAGCUUCAUAUAUCUAUGAAUGCCCUCCUCAUGGUUUGAAUACUGGAUGCAUCCAUAAUGUUAAGGGGAGAACAAUGCCACCUAGUGGGUUUGCAGGCUCUACCAGCCCAAUUGGUUCUAACCCUGCAAGAGAAUCACACACCUAGUGGAAGGUAUAUAAAAAUAGUAUAUGCCAGGAAAAAAAAAAACAAAAACUUGAGGACCAUUUUGUGCAAAGCAGUAAGGGAUAUAUCAAAUAAACAAAGGAAAGCCAUAUGGAUGUAGAUGUCUGAAUGGAAAACUAAAUUUACGGACAACAAAAUUCCAUGCCCAAAGUUUUAGUCACACUUCCAAUAGAGAAUUGUGCCAUAUGUGGAUGUUGGGAAUCGACAUGAUCCUGAGAAGUACUCAGAAAGAAGGUAUACAGAGAUGGGGACAUCCAACCUACAGGGAAGAACUGAAUUGAACUGAAAAGAAUAGAGUUGAAUUCAACAAGGAUUCAUUAAGCUUUGCUCCAGACUGAGGCCUGAGCCAGGGACACACAACUACUGCCACUGUGGAUGAGCUCACUGGACCUGCCACUCCUAACUUACCGGUCCUAGCGAAUCCAGCUGCAUAGGAGGAAUGAAGACAUCUGAGAAGCAGAUUCUUCUCAGGGUAAUGAAGCCAAAGACUGAUACCUUCUGAGAGUCCUUGCAGUGAGAGUUCUCUGAGACAUUCCAAAGGGAGCCACCAGUCAGUCCAAUGGACCUAAAGAGAUAUAGCUGAACAGUAUCAUCAUUGUGCAUAAUAACAGGGUGUGUGGAAUGGUUCUAAGCAGCUUUGAGUGCAACAAAACAAAACAUCAGAGAGUGCCAGCAGGCCUUCUAUUGCCCCACACUGCAAUAUCUAUUUAAUUCAUAGAAAUGUUGUCAGGUCUCAGUGUGUGAGGCACACCAUGAUUUGCACUGUGCAUGGAUUUCAUUCUUAGUAUAUAGAGACGUGUUGCCUGUGUUUAUGUCUUCUGUGUGUUUCCUUGGUAUACUGUCCUAUAGUAACAGAAUGAGAGACAUCAUGGGGCUAUCUCUGUUCUAUUACUUCCAAAAUGUGGAAUUCGGCUGCUGUCAGUGUGUUGUGUUGUGGCAAUCUCCUCUCAAUCAUUGUUCUUUCUCAGGAGGGAGCUCUGGUUUCUAUCAUGUACUCACAGUAAUUGGGAGGUAUUGAGGGGAUUUUAUAGGAGGAACUAGAGAACAAGAGCCCUUGUCCUCCUCAAUCCCUGGCAGAAUGUUAAGACCUAGGACUUAGUGGAAUCCUAGGGGAAAGGGACUGAAGAGGUCCUUUCACUGCCUUGAUUUUAGAGGAGAUGAGUGGAAAGGGGGCAUUCCUGAGGCUGCUGUGUUUUUCAGCCUGAGAUCCUAGAAAGAAUCUCUAUAC